UCCUGGUCGUGACGCAGUUUGUGGCGUCAGAGGCGCGUCCCCUCAGCCGCCGCCGCCGCCGCCACCACCGCGGCUUUGCUCGUGCAGUCUUCGCGGAGGUAAGCGCGACGGUCGGAGAAAGUUUUCCUCGGAGAAACGUCAACAUUCCCGGCUCUGGAAACCACGAAGCGUCGGCCCCGGAUGUUCCAAGUGGACAAAAGUCUUCAUUUAUCAUUCUAGCGCGUCGUUUUCCGGAUAUUAGCGUGCUGUAUUUUUCAUUUUGGUGCAACAUUUGCUGAGCAACAGUUCGGAGUGUUUUCUCUCCCUUUUUAAAAUUGAUUUGGUCAAAUCUGGGAUCAGCUUCCACCAUAAAUCCACUCGUCCUGCAAGGCACGUUCGAAGCAUGGAGACACUGAGGUAACAAGGGUGAAGCGUCCGCCGCCGCUGGCCGAGAGAAGUUGAGCUCCGCGCUCGAGUUCAACGGGGCCACUUCCUGAUGAUGACAGUAAACAUGGAUGACGGUCUCCAAAAUGGACCCCGACAACCCAGGAACUUACAAGAUGAUGAAGAAGCGCUCAAUUCCAUAAUGAAGGACCUCGCGGCCCUGGGGUGUUGUUACACUCAGCACAACAGCCACAAGCCCAAGACCAGAACCUUGCUGUACAAACAGGAUUUAAGAGUCAAGCUGGAGCAUGAGAGAGAAAAACGGAUCAUUCCAUUCCAGAGGCCGCUGAAGAUCAAGGAGCUGUUCCAGAAAGUGACCGAGGCCUUUGGUCAGCAGAUGGACAUGUUCUUCAUGGAGAAAGAGAUGGUGCUGCCGCUGAAGAGUCAGGAGGACCUGGACCAGGCCGUGUUUUCUCUCGGCUCCAGCAUGGUGACCAACGGUCUGCUCAGAAUACUCCUGAAGAACCCCAAGAACAACCACUACCUUCAGGUGAACAGCAGGGACAAGCAGAGCGAGAUGAGGUCAUCGCGGUCGCUCGGCGAUCUGAAAGGCUCGCUGCUGAAGGGCUCGGAGAGGGUCCGCAAACACUCCACAGGUUCCCUCCACACAGGUCGGACGUCUCCUCCCCCCGGGAGCGUCCCCGAGGAGCAGCAGCAGAUCGCCCGCCAGGGCUCCUACACCAGCAUCCACAGCGAGGGGGAGUUCAUCCCCGAGAUGCAGGACCCCAAUAUGUUGGAUCCCUUUGGGAGUGCGGGCAAUUCGCUGUCGAGCAGCUGUCAAUCCAUCGAGCAAGCUCUGGACAGCCCGCCGUUCUCGCAGAACAACCGCGACAAUAAUUACCUGAACCUCAGCUAUGAAUACAAAAGUCGCCACGGGAAAGGCGGAACUUUUCCUCGUCAGUUCCAGUUGCCCAAUCGGAGCAAAGACUAUGGCGAUCGUCGCAGGACACUUCCGCGCAGCUUCAUGCCGCAGGAAAACCUCUUCCAACUGGUUCCCUCCAGCCGCACGCGCAGCUACAACGGCGACGGUGGCGGCGGCCUCCAGUACGGAGAGCUAAGAACGCUGGGACGCAACGCAGACAAAAGCUGUCAGCGUGGAACUGCCAAGUCCCCGCGGGCGCCGGUCAACUGGCGGCAGGGGAAGCUGCUGGGGCGCGGCGCGUUCGGCGAGGUCUACCUGUGCUACGACGCCGACACGGGCCGUGAGCUGGCGGCCAAGCAGGUGCCCUUCGACCCCGACUGUCAGGACACCAGCAAGGAGGUGAACGCUCUGGAGUGUGAGAUCCAGCUGCUGAAGAACCUGCGUCACGAGAGAAUCGUGCAGUACUACGGCUGCCUGCGGGACAUGGAGCAGAGGAAGCUCACCAUCUUUGUGGAGUUCAUGCCUGGGGGUUCGAUAAAAGACCAGCUGAAGGCCUACGGGGCUUUGACGGAGAAGGUGACGAGGCGAUACAGCCGGCAGAUCCUGCAGGGCGUCUCCUACCUGCACAGCAACAUGAUCGUCCACAGAGACAUCAAAGGCGCCAACAUCCUGAGGGACUCCUCCGGCAACGUGAAGCUGGGGGACUUCGGGGCCAGCAAACGCAUCCAGACCAUCUGCAUGUCCGGCACGGGCAUCAAGUCCGUCACCGGGACUCCCUACUGGAUGAGCCCGGAAGUCAUCAACGGCGAGGGAUACGGACGCAAGGCUGACGUCUGGAGCGUGGCGUGCACCGUGGUGGAAAUGCUCACCCAGAAACCUCCGUGGGCCGAGUACGAGGCCAUGGCGGCCAUCUUCAAGAUCGCCACGCAGCCCACCAAGCCGGCCUUGCCGGAGGGCGUGUCCGACACCUGCCGGGACUUCCUGCGCCAGGUCUUCGUCGAGGAGAAGUGCCGGCCCACCGCCGACGUCCUGCUCGGACACCCGUUCGUCCAGGGCGGCUUCGGCCCCAAAUGACUCGGCGCCCCCUCCCUGAACACCAACACUCCGCUAGAGUGAGGACUUAGCGGCAGAGAGCGUUAUGGGGCCGAUUUGCUACCUUAGCUUAGCAUCAGUGCAGCUGUGAUUGGCUGUGGUAGUACUGUAAACGCCACUCAUUAGCCUCCGUUAGCAGGCGAUAUUUUUAUAUGACAAUGCAAAAAGAAAAAGUCAUCCUGUUUUUUUUUUUUUUUUUUUUUGUUUUUUUUUCCAUCGAAGCCUUACAAUAAGACUGGAGCCUCGGAGAUCCUGCAAAGUGGCCUAAUCGGAGUCGUAACAGGAGAUACGGCACGUGCAGAAAACCCCAUCAAAGUGGGAUUUUGUCAUCCAAUUUCACGCAGGCUGUUGUCGACGUGGGCGGAAGUGGCAAAGUCAAUUUGAAAAUGCAUCGUGAUCCUGGAUAGCUCUCUAUUGUCGGGAUCCCGAUAUCGCAUCGAGCUACGAUAUAGAUGUGAUUCUGCGAUUAGCCGAUAUGAGAGGCACAACCUAUGAAAAAGUGUCACAUCAGAAAGCCAAAAUUUUUGUUCUUGGUUCCAAUAUCAAGAAUGUGCGGCGAUACGUCGCCUUUUACACACACAAAGGAGAUAUAUCAAUAUGUAUAUCAUCGCAGUAUAAAGCGAUGAUACUUUAUUGUGAUACCCCCUAACGAUACAGUUGGGUUAGCUUUAUUGUUCUAUUGGCUAGAUUUACAAUGUGUCAAAAAAAAGUGAAGGCCGUAAUUCCCGGCCGAGCAUUUGUGCCACACUAGCGUUAAACUCUUUGUGAACCAAGGCUUAUAACCAGGUGCGCUAAUGCUAGCUCGGCGCUAACACUAGCGCCGCAUGACCGCAUAAACCGCAGGGUUGAAAGCAUGUGGAAAAAUGUCGCGGCUUGUAGGCCGGAAAUUACCGUACUCUUAUUGACCUAACAAUAUGAAAUGUCACAGUCCUUUCUCAUAUCUCUAGUUGACAAUAUCUUUGAAAAAUGUUUGUGGGUAUUUUAAACUUCUCACCGUGUUCCUUGACAGUACAUCGCAAUACCGCAGUUCCACGAUGUAAUAAGUCGAAUCGAUAUUUUGAAAGAGAUUCACGACCUGGUCAGAAAUAGCAAUGCCGUAUUGAUACCAUGCAUUACAGCAUCGUUGUUUUCGCAGUGGCCUGUUUCACGCAGAGAUCCCGCAUCAGAGCCGUAGCAGAAGAAAAAGUUUACCCGGGGGGUGCCUUUAACGCAGAACCCAGCGAAGGAAGGAUAUUGCGGGUCCGUCUUCACGCAGUUUCACAGCAUUGCAAAAUUACUGGGUGGACCUAAUACUCAUCGCGCAAAAUUGCUGCCAUAACAAGAACAUUUUUUUUCCGCCAGUGCCUUGUACACAGAACCCAGUGUAGGCGGGGUACUGUCCCAAACUUCACACGGUUCUGCGUCUUUGAACACAACAGGGCUUCCCUAGCAUUCCCUUACUGUUACGGCUCCGAUACGAACCCGCGAGGCAGAACACGUCUUAUUUUAUUCAUUUUUUUUUUUUUAAACAUAACGGAGGGAUCCGCCUACUCUCUGUUUAGAUUGUACAUUGCACUUUUUAAUAUCGGGCCGCCGUUAUUUUUUUCUUUUUUUUACGCGACAUGCCGGAUAAUCAGCGAAUAUUUUUCUACUAUUUUUUUAUACACGUGAGAGUUUCACACAGAGAAGUUUUGAAAGCAAUACCGGCAACUCCUCCCUGUUGUUUGGGGGUAGACUCGAAUCCAUUCCAGUCUGUGGCCAAAGAGAAUGUUGAAGCACAUUCAAGUGUCGUUGUUGCUUAUUUACAGCCGGUAGGGGGGGGAGGGGGGGGCGUGUGCUCCCCCCUUUUUACUUUACCAGUAUUCGACUUUGUUUCUUCCCGCGGCCUCGUUCUACGUUCUGGCAGCUUCUAAAUCCGAUGCAGUCCAAUUUCAAUCACUCCAUCGCCUUUAUUCUACUUUCUACACUGUAUAUGGAACAAAGCAAGUCACCCCCCCCCAAAAAAAAAAAAAAUAAAAAAAAAAAAGAGAGGAGGGGGUGUUGUUUGGCACUUUUGAAAAGGAACGAUCAAAUGUUUUUAUUUCAACCUUGACUGUGCCUUACCUGCUUGGAACAAUGCUGAAACUCUUUAUAUAUAUAUAUAUAUAUAUAUAUAUAUAUAUAUAUAUAUAUCCUGUAAAUACAUACAGUUCUGCACUUUUAUAUGACAUUCUAAAUACACAAAGGACAUAAACUGUGCUCCACGGUAGAUUGUAAUACAACCGAGACCAGGGUUCGGAUGAUCGUCUCUUUCUGAGGCUUUCGAUUGUGACAUGCUUUUUGUUUUUGUCUGAAUGACAAAGCCGAUUAAAACGAAAAACAAAAAAGGAAACUGCAUCACAUCAUUCAUCUUUUGUACAUUUGACUUAAUAAAUCACCAAGUGGGCUUUAUUUGUCUUGAUUUUUUUCAACUGCUUUUAAAGCUCCACUGUCAUGAAAUGCAUGAUUUUUAGUAUGUUAUUAAUGGAAAAAAA